GGCGUAUAGGCUUCUUUACAACACUUCCUCACUUAAUAUAUCAUACCCUCAUUUAAACUUUGAACAAUCUCAAGCAUCGGAACCGAUUACUUUCCUGAAGGAGACAGAGAAUACAACCUUCGAUAGAAAUACCUGUGUACUCCACGCCUAUCUUCUACGAUACACGAUUCCCUCUGCUCUCUACAGUAAAAGCUCCUGGACACCCGGGAUAGUAACGACGCCCUUCCUCUCAUAUUCGUGAGACUGUACAGGAGGAAGAGUCAAAACAGAUACUGUAUUUUCAUACAUUCGCGGAAUGCUACGUGAGGUUAAAUUAAAAGAAGAAGAUUCAAAAGUGAAACCUGGUUCAUACUACGGUAUCCCACAAAGAGUAUGGGGCAUCGUAGGGAUAUGCGUUUGUAUCUUUACUCUAUCACGUUUUCUCUUUCCCACAACCCCUCUAUCCCCUUACUCCUCAGCUCACCUUCUCACACCACAUGAUUAUCUCAACGCAUCAGCAUCAGACCCCGCCCCAUUCGAUUUUUGUCCCGCUUUCGGUCCUGGGGAUCCUGUCGCCGAAAGAAGAGGUCAAUGGGGAUUGUUGAAGAGUCGAUUACAUAUGGGUUCAGGGGCUAGGAUUCAAAGAGUGGUGCAAAAAGCCAUGGCUGGAUUACCUGUGACUAUAUCCGUUUUGGGAAGUUCAGUAUCCGCAUGUCAUGGGGCCGGAGACGAUCUGGUAGCACCUAAUUGCUAUCCUGCCAAAUUCUUCGAAUGGUGGAAUUCGGUCUUCCCUCACCCUGCUAGCGAAUUGACAAAUGGGGCAGAACGAAAGACUGAUUCCGCUUAUUUCGCCUAUUGUUCAAUGCACCAUCUUCCAGAUCAAACCGAUUUGGUCAUUCUUGAGUUUGAUGCUUCUGAUCCAAACGACCCCCAGUGGUUACAACAUUUCGAACUGCUAGUUCGUUCCAUUCUCGUGCGACCGGACCAACCGGCCGUCAUCAUUCUAGGUCAUUUUGCCCCUCAAGUUCAAGCUCAAAAUGGAUUUGCCGGUCCAGAACUGCUUCACACUGUCGUCGCUCAGUUCUACGAUGUCCCUCACAUCUCCGCAAAAGGUUUACUAUACCACGACUACCUCGCCAAUCCUCAAGAAGUCCGACCUCUGUUCUACCACGAUCCCAUUCUGGCCAAUACAGCAGGUCAUGAACUUAUCGCCGAUCUGCUCAUUUCAUACAUGGAAUCGCAAAUUUGUCAAGGAUGGGCGGCCACCAUGGGUCACGCAUUUGAUGUUCCGUACAUGGGGUCAACGGCUGAAGAUGGACUUUUAGGAGGGGAAGGUCUUAAAGAUGGGACUUCGAUAUCGGACGAGGAAAAUGCAGCGGAAGGAGGAGGUUUGGCAGCUAAGAUGAGAGCUAUCAAAGUUCCUCAAGCCAUGUUAUCAGAUCGACCUUCGGACAUAUUGAGGUUCAGAGAAGUUGAACCUUUUUGCGUAUCGGCAAACGAUCUCAUAAACCCUUUGCCACCUUCACAUUUCUUCGGAAGCGGUUGGAACGCUUAUCAUCCUCAGAAAGGAGGAGCGGAAUCGAAACAUUAUUGGUAUGCUGAGUUAGGAGGUAGUAGGAUGCGUGUACCCGUUCAUCUUUCCGCUGGUGAUGUGGCGGUUUAUUAUCUCCAAGAACCGGAAGACCGUCCGCUUGGAAGAGCGGCAUGUUGGGUAGAUGACAAUAUAGCUGGAGCUGUAGAAUUAACAGGGACGGCCGACGUACAUGACACCACACCCACAUUGACUCUGAUCGACCAACGUGUGGCUCCAGGUCCACACUACGUGGAAUGUAAUCUCCUCGGUCCAGAAGGACAAACAACACCUCCAUUCAAGAUGCUCGGCAUCUUUGCGACAUAAACAUACAUUAUCAUGACUUCCUCAGGGCAUAUCUAGAUUCAUUAGGGACCUCAUGGUUUAUAGCUAUGCAUGGUGGACUAUUUCUGCUACUUGUAUU